CAAAAACUCUCAUAUCAUCCCAAAAAGCUCAGUAGGCCAGCCCGCUUCAGUUCGAUUGAAAAUUAAACCAAAAUUAAAAGAACAAAACUGAAACUGGAAAAGAUGAAUAUCGAUGUGGGCGUAAAUGGUGGGGCUGGUGAUGGCGGAUUCAAUUCUUACUUCACACAAAAGAUAUCUGAACUUCAGUAUAUAGUGUCGGAACGCCAGAAGAAUCUGCUCCGUUUGCAGGCUCAGAGGAAUGAACUCAACGCGAAGGUUCGCUCUCUUCGCGAGGAGCUGAUGCUGCUCCAAGAGCAAGGCAGCUAUAUUGGAGAGGUCGUUAAGCCCAUGGACAAGAAUAAAGUCCUGGUAAAGGUGCAUCCCGAAGGGAAGUACGUAGUAGAUGUGGACAAGAACAUCAAUAUCAAGGAUGUGACCACGAGCAGCCGUGUGGCUCUAAGGAAUGAGAGCUACACUCUCCACAAGAUACUGCCCAACAAGGUGGAUCCUCUGGUUUCCUUGAUGUUGGUGGAAAAGGUUCCUGACUCCACCUACGAAAUGGUCGGCGGCCUGGACAAACAGAUCCAGGAGAUCAAGGAGGUUAUAGAGCUGCCAGUGAAGCACCCGGAACUUUUCGAUGCCUUGGGCAUAGCCCAGCCAAAAGGAGUGCUCCUCUAUGGACCUCCUGGCACUGGGAAAACUCUCUUGGCCCGUGCCGUGGCUCAUCACACCGAGUGCACCUUCAUCCGUGUCUCAGGAUCAGAGUUGGUCCAGAAGUUCAUUGGCGAGGGAUCCCGCCUGGUGCGGGAACUAUUUGUGAUGGCCCGAGAACAUGCUCCCUCGAUAAUAUUUAUGGAUGAAAUUGAUUCAAUUGGUUCGUCCCGCUUGGAGACGGGCACAGGUGACUCCGAAGUGCAGCGCACCAUGCUGGAGCUACUCAACCAAUUGGAUGGCUUCGAGGCCACCAAGAACAUCAAGGUUAUCAUGGCCACCAAUCGCAUCGAUGUCUUGGAUAAGGCUUUGCUGCGUCCUGGUCGCAUAGAUCGGAAGAUUGAGUUUCCACCACCAAAUGACGAGGCCAGAUUGGACAUUUUGCAUAUUCACUCGCGAAAGAUGAACCUCACCCGGGGCAUAAAUAUGCGCAAGAUUGCCGAACUCAUGCCGGGAGCAUCUGGUGCUGAGGUCAAAGGGGUCUGCACUGAGGCCGGAAUGUAUGCUCUACGGGAGCGACGUGUCCAUGUCACCCAGGAGGACUUUGAGAUGGCCGUCUCCAAGGUGAUGAUGAAGGACUCUGAGAAGAAUAUGUCCAUGAAGAAAUUCUGGAAGUAAUUCUACAACAAAUGUGAUAAUUAUAAUUUGUCAAAUUAAUAAAGAACGACAGCGCAAAUUAAA